CUCCCCCACAUGGGUGCUGGACGAGAUGGGGCUGGAGGGUGAGGUGCCCCCACUCCUGUCACCCACCACUUUCACUUAGGGACCCAUGAGGUCACUGGUUUCUCAGCAGUCAUCAGCACAUAGGAAACAUGAAAAUGGAACUGCAGAAAAAAGGACAGGGGGCAGAGAUCCCGGCAGAGAUGAAGUCAUGGUAAAUCUGCUCCCACUGUGCUGAAAAGGGACCCGACAGGGAGAGGAAGUCUGCAGAUAGCCCACACCACCACCACAAAAUGACUUUCACCACGGUGCUGCAUGUCGCAGCUCUGCUCCUGCUGCAAGGGGAUUUUCCAGGAGCUGGCAGUGAAACCAUAACUGUACAGGAAGGAGAGGACCUGAACCUCCGUUGUACCUUCACCGGUGACAGCAGAGCCACCAAACAGUGGCUAAACCCCCGUGGGUUUACCAUUUUCCUUGACAAUCACUGGGGCUUAAAAGAUCAGAGGUACAGACUUAUCCAUUAUUCAGAGGAUGAACUGUCUAUCAGACUCUCUAACAUAACGGUGCAUGAUGAAGGCGUAUAUAAAUGCUACUACUACAGCACACCGUUCAGAAGUAAGAUGACAACUGUUGAGGUGUUAGCUGCUCCUUCUAAGCCUGUACUGCAAGUAUCCCGAGACACAGAAGGACGUGUUACACUGUCUUGCUAUACCCAAGGAUGUAAACCACAACCCCAGAUUACCUGGCUGUUGGAUAAUGGAAUACAGCUUCCCGGUGACACCAGGCACAAGUUAGAAGCCGACGGGAAGAAAUGGACCACAACCAGCACGCUGACAGUCCUGGCAUAUGGGCCCAACUCAACAGCCACCUGCCUCGUUCACCACAAAGCACUGGGAGGAGGGAAGCUGACAGAGCCUUUCCAGUUCGAGGAUGUUGCAAGGACAGUGGCAAACACAACUCCUGUGUCAACUACACUAGAGGUGGAUACGUAUGUCUCUGAGUAUGUGCAGCCUACAGUGACCACAGUGGAGUCAGAUCUGAACAGCAAUACAGACUUCUCUCCAAGCUACCCACAACAUAAUGGGUCUGGAGCAACGUCAGUUGCAGCAGGAGAGCUGUCUGGUACCUCUGCUCACCACAUCCCUGAAGGCACUGAAACAGCACUCAAUGGCACAGUCACAGAGGAGCUUUUCAGGACAGAAGCCUCCUUCCCCAGUGAGAACGUAACUCUGAUUUCCAUUGUCACCUUUGAGCAAGAUGUGAAAUCUGAAGGCAUGAGUAAGAAGGAGAAGGAUUUCCUGCUGCCUCUCUUGGUGGCAGUUCUCAUUGUCAUGCUGCUCAUCAUCGUAGUGCUUUUUUCGAAGAAGCUGAUAAAAGCUCAUGGAGUUUGGAAGAGAGAAAAUGAUACUUCAGACCAGACUUUGGAGAGUUAUAAAUCCAAAUCUAACGAAGAAAGCCCAGGCCAUGAGAAGAAUGGACAAGCUGUCAAUCAGAAGCCCAACAUGCAGUAUGUAACAGAAGGAUAUGUGGAAGCAACACAGAAGAAUCCAAGUGAGAAAAACACUACAAUACCUGAGGAACAGUUUGCACGCGGAAAAGAAACAGAUGUAUAGUGAAGGGGUCCUUCUGGCAAGCCCAUAAAAUGUACAGAAACACCACUGUUUUCUGGUAUUUAUGGUUCAGCAUUCACAAAUCAGUAUGAGCAGACAUACAAAGAGCUGCCUGAAAUCCCUAAGACUAUUCGGAUUGUUUUCCACUGAAGAUUGGUAGAUAGGGACAGUGCUCCUACUAUCUACUCAUAUCUAUGAAGACCAACUUAGCUGCAGUCCUCAAAGGAUUUAAUUCGCAGUUGGACUAUGUGAUUUUAAUGAUCUUUUCUAACCUUUAUGAUUUCAUGAUAAUCAACCACUGCCAGAAAUACAGGUCCUCUAUCCACCCUAAUUGCUAUUAAGGUCCUGGCAAAGGAAUAUGCAAUUAGCCCCAAGGACCACGGGAUAUGCAGAUACUCAUGCACCACUUCUGCCACUUCCCCUGCAAACACAGGACUGACCAGGAAACUUUGAGAGAUGGAAACCAAUCGUGACUUCUAACAUCUCAUUCUGACGACCAAACCGGAGCACCCAGCUGUAUUUAACCAAACAUCCCAAUGUCAGAGGUGUUUAAAAACAACAUCGCUGUCCCCCGGGGAAAUCCUGAGUUGACAAAGGAGAAAAGGAACCACACGGUGGGACUCUGCAACUCAGGGGUGCACGCAUUGCCUGUGGUGGGCAAGCUGUGAGAAGCAGCAGGACGUUCUCUCUGCGGAGCAACACAGCACUGUCAGCAGGGAGUUGUUCUUCUGCAGGAACCUCGUGCUGUGGUUCUGUAAGGCACAACCAGGUUCCUGAAAUAAAGGGAAUGUUCUACAGGAGAAAGCUGUCUUCUCAUAAGGGGUGAUUAUUCCUCACCAGACUUUAUUCUGAGAACUGGCCUUGGAUACCGAAUUAAGUGAAUGCUCUUGACGUGACUGCUAGAAAUAUUUCAUUUUUAUGUGGAGAAAUGAAAACAUUACUUCAUUUCAGGAGGCUGUGGAUGCCCCAUCCCUGCAGGCAUUCAAGGCCAGGCUGGAUGUGGCUCUGGGCAGCCUGGGCUGCUGGUUGUUGACCCUGCACAUAGCAGGGGGUUGGAACUGGAUGAGCACUGUGGUCCUUUUCAACCCAGGCCAUUCUGUGCCUCUAUGAAUUUUGACCUGGGUAGGGUAAGCAUUUUGUAUACACAAAUAUACCUGGCAGCUCACAGGGCAGAGCCCGGCCCGGGUUGUGAGGCAGCUCGGCCCAGGAACCAGCCCCAACAUCAAGUGUUUGCUUUGCACGUAUGAAAUAUACUGACAAAACUGCCUUUGCAGAUGCAAUCCGUGCCGCCCGGGGAAGCACAGCCGGCUUCACUCCUGGCGGCCCACAGCGCCCCUCAGCGCCCCUCAGCGCCACGCGGGUCCCGCGCCCGCUGCACGCCCCGCGGCUGCGAUCGAAUCCCGCGCUGCAAAAUCGCGCUUCGAUAACGCCCGCGGUACCGUUUCUCCUCAGCAGGCAGCAGCCAUAGUUCUAAUAAACCAGCCUGAAAUUACCACAGCCUA